CUGCUGCUGCCGCUGCCAACUCCUCGUUGUUCUACUUCUCCGGCGGCUGAUUUAGUUGAAACUUGCUUCUGAAAUAUCGAACAUCAGUCAAAAUGUCUCGGAAAGGAUUGAUGGAGCAAGAUCUAAGCAAAUUGGAUGUGACAAAGCUACAUCCGCUUUCGCCUGAAGUUAUUGCUCGUCAGGCAACAAUAAACAUUGGUACUAUUGGCCAUGUGGCUCAUGGGAAGUCAACAGUUGUAAAAGCUAUAUCUGGUGUACAGACUGUUCGUUUUAAAAAUGAGCUAGAGCGUAAUAUUACAAUUAAGCUUGGAUACGCAAAUGCUAAGAUAUACAAAUGUGAAGAAGAGCGCUGUCCUAGACCUGCAUGCUACAAGGCUUAUGGGAGUGGAAAAGAAGACAAUCCCAUGUGUGACGUCCCUGGUUUUGAGAACUGCAAAAUGAAAUUGCUGAGGCAUGUGUCUUUUGUUGAUUGCCCAGGUCAUGAUAUUCUCAUGGCUACUAUGCUUAAUGGAGCCGCAAUUAUGGAUGGCGCCUUACUUCUAAUAGCUGCCAAUGAGAGCUGUCCCCAACCUCAAACUUCUGAACAUUUAGCUGCUGUAGAAAUUAUGCGUCUCCAACAUAUAAUAAUUCUUCAAAAUAAGGUUGAUCUGGUUCAGGAGAAUGUUGCUAUCAACCAGCAUGAGGCAAUUCAGAAAUUUAUUCAGGGAACUGUUGCAGAUGGUGCCCCAGUUGUACCAAUAUCUGCACAAUUAAAGUACAACAUCGAUGUCGUCUGUGAAUAUAUUGUGAAAAAAAUUCCCAUUCCUGAGAGGAAUUUCAUCUCACCACCAAAUAUGAUUGUUAUCCGGUCAUUUGAUGUAAAUAAACCUGGUUUUGAAGUUGAUGAUAUCAGAGGGGGUGUUGCUGGUGGCAGUAUUUUGAAGGGUGUACUGAAGGUUAAUCAACUUAUUGAGAUUCGUCCUGGAAUUGUUGUGAAAGAUGAGAGUGGCAACAUCAAAUGUACUCCAAUAUAUUCAAGAAUAGUAUCAUUGUUUGCCGAGCAAAAUGAACUACAAUUUGCCGUUCCUGGAGGCCUCAUUGGAGUUGGAACAACUAUGGAUCCAACAUUGACACGUGCUGAUCGAUUGGUGGGACAGGUUCUUGGGGAGGUCGGGUCACUUCCUGAAGUUUAUGUCGAACUAGAGGUGAAUUUCUUUUUGCUACGACGUCUUUUGGGUGUGAGGACAAAGGACUCAGAGAGGCAGGGUAGAGUCUCGAAGUUGGCAAAGGGAGAAAUCCUCAUGUUAAAUAUAGGGUCUAUGUCAACAGGCGCUCGUGUUGUCGCUAUCAAGAAUGUUUUCGCGAAACUGCAACUGACGUCCCCCGUGUGUACCAGCAAAGGGGAGAAAAUUGCUCUUAGCCGGAGAAUCGAGAAGCACUGGCGUCUUAUCGGUUGGGGUGAAAUCCAAGCUGGUAUUACUCUUGAUGUUCCAUCUUCCCCCUUAUGAGCAAAUCACACAACUAGUCACUCAACAGCAGGAAAAA